AUGUCGUACGAGGAAUUAGUGGCCGACAGGAUGAACAAGUGCACAGCAACAAAACAUAUCGACGAAGAGAAGCCAGCAGGGUCCGUGAUUGCCGACAUCAGAAGCAUCAUCCUUUACAACAUCUCCCAACAAGCAGCCAGCAAAUCCAAUUUAAAAAAUUUAAGAUACGACUUCACGUCAUCUCCCUCCAAGCAUGAAUAUUACUUCAAGAUCAACCACACCUCGGGUCUACUCAGCGUCAACGAAAAGUUGGAUCGAGACGAGCUCUGCAAACCGAGAGGCACGCUGCCCCGAUGCAUUUUCAGCAUCGUCAUCAACGUCAGACAAGACAACAUCCUCCACCUGCUUAGAACUUUCAUCACGCUCAAUGACGUGAAUGAUAAUGCGCCAAAAUUUGAUGUGAGAGAAAUCCAUAUCGACGUCUCAGACGACACGCGCGAUCGCUUCACUUACAACGUGCCGACAGCCGUUGAUGCCGACAGCGAUAAAUUUGGCGUAGACAGGUACGCCGUUCUGGAGCAUUCUAGUGACAAAUUAUUUUUAGAUAUGUUCGAAUUGAAAACAUUAAAACAUCAAGAUGGUUCGAUGGAAAUAAAAUUGGUCGUGAAACAAAAACUUUCUGAAAAUUACAAAGGAGCACCUCAUGUUAAGGGAACAAUCGUGGCCUACGACAAAGGAAGACCAAGUUUGUCGGAUUUGUUGCACGUGAUGGUCAAGAUUACGAUGUCAUCCGAAGUCGUUCCUCAAUUCGAGAAGUCAUCCUAUCACUUGUACGUGGAUGAAAAUACACCGAUCGACACUCGCGUAUACCAGAUCAGUGCCGUUGCGCCCGACAAUUCGUCUCUUCUCUACUACUUACAAAACGAUGCGCCUCACUAUCGGAUAUUACCAUUCCAAAUACAACCAGCCUACGGCUACUUGACUGUUAACGGUUCCCUUGAUUAUGAAACAGAAACCUACUACACCUUUUAUGUGUUUGCAACUGUGUUGUCUAAGUCUGCAACCUCUUCAAAAGUUGCAGUUUCAAUCGUCGUGAACGAUCUUAACGACAACGCACCUCACAUAUCCAUUAGCAAUAUCAACAAAAACGCGAAAGCUUCAAUUAACGAAAAUUCGCCGGUCGGGACGUUCAUUUCUUUCAUUUCCGUUACAGAUAAAGACAGUGGAGAUAAUAAACAAACUGGCUGUAUAGCGCAGUCGAGUCACUUCAAGCUUGAAUCUGUUAGUGAAGAAGAGUACACGCUACUAAGCGCCGAAAUAUUUGAUAGAGAAAAAAUUUCAAAUUAUGAAGUUGGAAUAUAUUGUGAAGAUAAAGGCGAUCCAGUAUUGACUUCUGAAGUAAUUUUAGAAGUAAACAUACUUGACGCUAACGACAACGUUCCAUUGUUCGCUCAGAACAUUUACACUAUAAGCGUUAAAGAGAACUCUCGACCAACUCACCAACAUCUCACCCAAAUCAAUGCAACAGACUUUGACGAACAUUCUAACGCUCAACUCACUUAUUCCAUUUCAUCUCUGUCGUCUUCUUACGCCAACUGUUUGAGCAUUGAUAUUCUGCAAGGAUCCAUCUACCAAAAAUGCACAUUUGAUUUUGAGAAAGAUGAGACCCAGCAGAAAUAUUUGAUCUACGCUGUUGACUCUGGUACUCCCAAGCUCACUGGAUCGACUACUUUAAUUCUCAACGUUGAAGAUGUUAACGACAACAAGCCCACAUUCACACAAUCGGAGUAUAAAUUUUAUGUCACCCGCGAACAACUUCAUAAAAGUUCAAAGAUUGGUACAGUGGAAGCUACCGAUGAAGAUCUGGUCAACGACAACAAGAAUAUAUACUACGCUCUGGCAAGCAAUGUCUACGAAGAGGUUUUUAAUGUAGAGAUAUUUACAGGUGAGAUCAGUUGGAAGUAUCCAAUCUUCAACCAAUCAGAGUUUGUUUUCAACGUAACGGCAUCAAACUCGUACGCUGAUCCAGAACUGAGGACGUUAGCUACCGUUGUUGUAAAUAUUGAGUCGCCGUCCAACAUUAAGCUGUUGAAUCAAAUCAGACCAAACGAAAGUAUUGUCUUCGAAGGCUCUGUUCAAAUAGGAGAUGUUAUCUAUCAGUUCAACGUCAGUAAUAAACUUUUGGUGGCCAAAAAGCGUUUCAAGUUCAAAAUUAUUUCUGGCAACGAAGACAAUUUGUUUACCGUAGACAAUAAUAAAAAUCAGUUAAUUGUCAUUUCGCCACUGAAACAUGGUUUAACGGAGCACAAUUUGACGAUACAAAUCACAGACUCCAGUCAAAAUUACAAGCCAACAAUAAUAAACCUGCCACUGAUCCUAAACAACACGUCCAAUUAUCUUCCUGCCUUUGAUGCAUGGACUCGCAAUCCUGAAAACUUGUUGACAAUCAUAUCGACGGGAGUGGGAUUUAUAUUACUCCUUCUUUUCAUUAUUUCCGUUGUUCUCUUGAAAAAGAAAUGUUCCAAGAAAAACUCAAAAGUACUCUGCAAGACAGCAAACCACACUUGCGACACCCUCUCAAGUGCUAAGGAGUUCAAACUGGUGCCAAACCUGUACGACAGUGAGUCGUUGCAGAAGGGCAUGAGCAUCAAACAAGCGGAGUCUGAUAGAAGGAAGGAAGUGAAGUUUUCGCUGGUGCAACUGGAUGAGCAUGACGACAAACAGCGAGGAGACAGCUUCUACCACAACAUGGGCAACUAUUAUAAGCAUUCGAGUACAGGAGUAUUAGAAAAAUUUGAUCAAAAUAUUUUAUGGUCUGGACAAAAAAUCUAUAAUAGCAGCAUUUUGUGCACCAAAAAAGAGUACAUACCAAAAUGUCAAAGUAUCAACAAUGGUAACCUCGGAUGUAAUUGGACAAUGUAA